GCGCGCAUUGUUAAGCCCGCUAACGAGGAGGUUAAGUCAGACUUGUGACGUAUGCACGGUAACCCGCGUCUCCGAUGUUAAUUGUUGUACUUCGUUAUCCAUUACUGGUCGUUAUCACGAGCGACAGCGAGGAUCAGAGGAAUUCGUUCCUGUGGCCGACGUGUUUGUCCCCAUAACACCACGAGACCCGCCUAAGGCCGAUCGAAGGAACAUCCGCGAUAUUUCUUCGGAUUCUUUCGACGAUCGUCGUCUACAGUCCGCGAUCUAUAUAGCGACCGAGACUUUACUCACGAUAAGUGAUAAGUGCACAGUAAGCGGCCGUCUAUCUAUAUGCGCACUCUUACGAAUACUUACUUCAUACAAUAACAUACGGUUAGCUACAAACAUGUCUGUACGUCGGAAAAGCGAUCCGUCUAUGAUUCAGCGAAUCUGGGACACAAUCAAAAUCACGGUACAUCAAAGGAGCUUACCUAGUAAUGACCGUAUGGUACGGCACAUGGCUCGAGUUUACGGCUUUACAGAACAACAGGCUCAAGAGGAGCUCAACAAGGCAGUUGAGGACGGUCUCGUCUUGUUAAAGAAAGUGCCUACGAAAAGCGGCGUCGAGCAAGAGAGUUACAGAUUUCCAUCGAUAGACGUAUUGCAAAAUGAUAAUCACGAUUGGUACUGUUGUAAAUGUCAACGGGCGGGUGCGGUUGAAUGCUGCGAACAGUGCUGCAGAGUUUACCAUUCGGAAUGUCACGUACCCAGUAAUACAAAAUUGAAUAUCUGUAAUUUCUGUGAGAAAAUAAACAGCGACACAUAUACCGACAAGGCUGAUCUCAACCACAUCCUCAGUUUUACGUGUGGUCAUCUGAAAGCGAAACUACCACCGGAAAUUACAAAUCGUACUAUUGUUUUCAACAACGGUCCAAUCGUUACGCCACCCAACGGCUUUUCCGGACCAACCUGGGUUAGCGAAGGUGAGGAUGCAUGGAGGCCAGGAAUUCUCAUAAAACGUCAUAUGGAUUUAGCGAUAAUGGACGCCAAGACGAUCAAUAAUGAGUACAACAAUCUCGCUGAAUUUGAAGCUGAUGCACACAAUAUCCUACAUAAUAUUAUGAUAUAUCACGGAGCUACUAGCGUGAUAGCAGACAUGGGACGCACGAUGUAUCAGGAUUGUUGUUACGAUCUUCAAGAAAUACGUCGUUGUGCAGAUUGUUAUCGUAUAUCGAACGAAAAGUCUGAAAAAAUGUGGUUUUGUAUACCAUGUAAUCCUCCUCAUCAAUUGGUCUAUGCGAAACAAAAAGGUUAUCCAUAUUGGCCCGCGAAAGUCAUGCAAGUUAAUGGCAAUGUAUAUGACGUGCGUUUUUUCGGAGGUCAUCAUAUGAGAGCUAAUAUUGAGAAAGUUUUUAUUCGAUCGAUCUCUUCCACGUUACAAAGUUUGCAAAUAAAAAAAUCAACGGCUUGGAAUAGGGCAUUUGAAGAACUGAAACAUCACCAGCACUUAUUACAAAAGUUGGGGAAGAAUAAAGAAGAUACCUCUAAUAUAACAGAGGAUUCUACGCCUGCAAAAAUACGGAAAUUGGAAUCAUCAAAUUCGAGGAACACAUCGCAUGAUUCGAUUUUGUCAAAGCAACUGAUUAAAGAUUUGCGAGUAAGGGUCGAACGUUUGAGUUCGGAAAGUAAUAUUGAAAUACAGAAUGACGGAAUGAAUAAUAAAGAAGAUACUGUGAAAACUAAUGCAGAAAAUGAAGAAAGACAAGUGCCUCGUUUACCUGUAGCAGAAGACGAGCCUGCGAGAGAAAGUAUAAUGAGCACAUGUCCACAAGGUUUAAAGAAAGAGGGUUCUCAAGAAGAUAUGGUUACAUCCAGUUGUCAAGAACCGAGAUCAAAGUGUGUUCUCGUGCAAACUGAACAAAUUCAAACAGAUGGACUUCCCGCCAAGAUUAAAAGAGAACGCAGAACUUCGGAACAACCAACAACAACGGCAUUAGAAAAACUGCGCCGUGAACUAGAGCUUGAAAAAUGUAGAGAAUUAGAAAGACUACAGGCGGAGCACGCCAAAGAGUUGCGACAAUUAACCGAUAGACAUCAACAAAUCGUAUCUGACAUCAAAAAGAAACAAUGGUGUUAUAAUUGCGAAGCUGAAGCGAUAUAUCAUUGUUGUUGGAAUACCGCAUAUUGCAGUACAGAUUGUCAACAAGUUCAUUGGCAGCGUGAACAUAAAAGAGUAUGCAGACGUAAACGUUAAUUUACAUGACGAGUACUAUAAGUACAAUAAUAUAUAGAAAAGCGUUCAAACAAAUUAAUAAAUAUAUA